AUGACAAAGUUUAUUGGUUGUAUAGAUUUGCAUAAUGGGGAAGUUAAACAAAUAGUAGGUGGUACGUUGACUAGUAAAGAGGAGGACGUUCCAAAAACAAAUUUUGUGUCGCAGCAUCCUUCUUCGUAUUAUGCUAAACUUUACAGAGACCGAAAUGUUCAAGGAUGCCAUGUUAUUAAGUUAGGGCCCAAUAAUGACGAGGCUGCACGUGAGGCACUCCAAGAAUCACCAAAUUUUCUACAAGUGGGCGGAGGAAUUAACGACACUAACUGCUUGGAGUGGUUGCAAUGGGCCAGUAAAGUAAUUGUUACCAGUUGGUUAUUUACGAAAGAGGGCCAUUUUCAAUUAAAGCGAUUAGAAACAUUGACAGGGCUAUGUGGGAAAGACCGCAUAGUAGUUGAUUUAAGUUGUAGAAAAACACAAGAUGGUCGUUGGAUUGUGGCAAUGAACAAAUGGCAAACACUAACUGAUCUUGAGCUUAAUGCAGAAACGUUUGAAGAACUGAGGAAGUACACAAAUGAGUUUUUAAUUCAUGCUGCUGACGUUGAAGGUUUGUGCGGCGGCAUUGAUGAAAAGUUGGUUUCUAAGCUUUUUGAAUGGACUAAGAAUUACGACGAUUUGAAAAUUGUUUACGCCGGUGGAGCCAGAAGUAUUGAUGACUUGAAAUUAGUUGAUGAGCUAAGUCACGGAAAGGUAGAUUUAACAUUUGGUAGUUCGUUGGAUAUAUUUGGCGGUAACUUGGUUAAAUUCGAAGAUUGCUGUAAAUGGAAUGAAGAGCAAAGUUAG